GUUUGUCCUCUGGUAUUCCGCACAUUGAAGUUGGACAGUCGGGGGUGGAGGUGGUGGGUGGAUGGGCAUGGUCAUGCGUUCGUUCGAAAAAACUUGUCCGUCCAAUCAGCGUGCGCAUCCGGGCAGUGGCACCUCCCCUUUGGUCUCAGCACCCACAUGUAACGCUAUCGCCCUCUGCUCUGCCCGUGCUUGCUUUUGUGUGGCUGCUUGGAGGACAGGGAGUCCGGACUGCUGACUGAGGAUCGGACCAUGGAGGAUCGCGGGCGGUCCUGAGGUUUCCUCCACCCGCCGCUUUGCGCGCUGCAGCUGCGCGGCGCUGAUGGACGGAUUUCUCCGCUGCGUCGCUCCACCCGGCGCGGGACCCUAGUCUCCUCAUCCGACCCGGACGCUGCGCCAUGGCCGCCCGCCGCAGCUGCGUGAACUCUCUCUGGUCCGGCACCGAACGCGUGCGCAUCGCGGAGCGCCUCAGGGCCACGCUGGCCGGGGUGCUGGAGCUGGAGGUGCUCAGGUGCAAACACCUGGCGAUGGUGGACGCCGCGCUGGCAGACCGAGAGGAGCCGCGCGCGGAUGAGGAGGAGGAGGAAGAGGAGGAGGAGGAGGAAGGGACCCCACAGAGUCCCGAGCAUGGCCCCGCGGGGGAAUCUGCGGCAUCCCCCGGACAACAGGCUGCCUCCCCGUCACCCUUUCUGAGCUCUUUAGAGGACCCAGAGGAGGCGACAGCCCCACCCUCCUCUGUAAAAGUCAGUAACUCUCGGUGGUCAGCCCUGUCCUGGGACGCCCCGUCUGACCUUCUCUCCCCUCCAACUCCGGACCCGGCAGGUUUGCUCCACCCGGACAGCGACUCUCGACCUAGUUCAGGGUUCUAUUCGGUGAGUGGCAGCUCUUUGUCGGACUCCAGCUACUCUGUGUCCAGCGAGGCGGCCCAUGGUAAACCUCUGAAGCUGUGGGAGCAGGCUCCGGAGGCGGCCAACAGCAACACUGACAUCCUGUGGUCAGAGGAUGCAAUGCCACUGCACCAGUCUGCUCCUGACAACAGCCAGGAGGACCCCCAACCACCUGAAGAGACUCCAGUGUCAGCUGCCAGUGACCUUGAGGCUGAUGGUCUGAGCUUUCUCUCGGAUUUUUGCUCAGGGUUUGGUGACUCCCUGAUUUCUUCCAUUGUCCAGCUCCUCAACCCUGCUUCUUCACCCACAUCCUGCUGUCCAAGCGCCAAGCUGGACCCCCGCUACUGCACUGACCUGGUGUCUCGUCGAACCAAAGAAGUGUACUCCUACCCAAGCCCGUUGCAUGCCGUCGCCCUCCAGAGCCCCCUUUUCACCUCCCAGGACCAAUCAGCCUCCACUACCCCAGAGGGAGCUCAGGCUGACGAACAGGUGGAGUCGAGCACUGAAGCAGCCGAGCCGGAAGAGGCUGGGCAAUCGACCACAAAGGCGUCCGUCACCCAUCUGGAGCAAUACAUCUCUCAGCUGGUUCGACAGUACCGCGGUGGGGUGACCUCGUCCACCUCUGAUCUGACUUCAGCUGCCAAUGCUUGUCCAGUCACGCAUGGAGGCCUUGGUAACCCUCUUAAGACCCACGGCUCCACUCAGUCUCUGUCUGCCUUUGAGAGCCACAGUGCAGCCUCCACCCUGCAGGGGGGAAGCUUCACCCCCAACAAGUCACUGCUGGGGAACUCAGCCAGAGUCAGCCUCAGCAAUGCGACAAAGAAAGCUACAAGGAACUCUAUCAACCUGGGAAAUCUCCCCUCAGCAACCGGAGAGGAUCUGAACAUUAAUCUACAUCUCAAUCUCAACUUGAACUUGACUCCGGGUUUAAAUUCCAGUCUGGGGGUGGCAAACAGUUCCAAAAAGGGAAGUUCUGGAGCACUGAGAGACAACAUUUCUCCAACUUCCACCACGUCCUCCUUUUCCUCCGCCACACCCACCCCUGCACUCAGAGCUCGAUCCAGAAUCUCCACUUGCCCAGGCAGCUUGUGUCACCGCAGUUCCCUGGAAGUCCCGUCCAGCUCAGGUACCAGCGCUGGGUUUGGAUCGUCAGCUUUCUGUCGCUCUAUGGACUGGAGCAGCUGUGAACAACUUGAUCCGGGACAGUCAGUGUUUUAUGCAAAUGCUGCGUCCGCCCCGGGGUCCCAGCGCAACAGCUCCAUCCCAGACGGCGGUUCUAGUAUCAAGGUGAGUGAAGACUCCUCCAUGGUUGAGGAGAUCUCUCGCCUCUCUGGCCUGUCCAGGGCAGUAGUUGUUGGACUUAUGGAGCAAGGCGUGGAGCUGGAUAUCGACUGUUUCCAAACAGAUUCUGCUGGUGAGGUGAGGAGCCAUGGUAAAACUCGCCUGGCAACACCGAAAGAUCCGCCACAUGACUAUGCCCGACUCACUGAAGUGAGUCCCCAGAGACCAAUCCAGCUGUCUCUCAGUGUCACCCACUCCCCGCAGUCCCAGGCCAGUCUCACUCCUCCUCUGUCCCAUUCCAGCAGCCCCAUCCUGCCUUACCAGUCUGUUCAUCUUCCACCCCCCCAUUAUUUACCCCAGUGCCACUACAGCCCCUCCUCAUCAGAACUCCCAUCCUCUACAUGUUCCUCGCCUGCUUCCCACCCCAUCCCAAGGUCUCACUCGCCUCCUCGCCCUAUCAAGCCGUCCCUACUUGGUUCCACCUCCCUCUCCGUUUUCCGACGCGAUUCGCCUUUCCAGUGCUCCUUGCCACACAGCAACACCAGAAAUGCCCCUGUGGAGCGUAAAGGUAUCCAGCCAAGAGGCGGGUCGCUUCGGCAAAGUGGAGGCGGCGGCGAUAGUGGCAGCAGGUGGGUCAGAAUGGAAGGAGAAGGACUCUACAGAGGAAAACAUGCCUCCCAUAAGUUGGUCAGAGCCGCCACUGUAAGCAGCUACGCCAGAAGAGAGGACUACAGCUCCGUUUGGGCUGAGGAGGAGAAGGCCCGGUUGGCCGCUGAAACGCCCAGAAGGUCCCCCGGCAAGCUCUGGAGAGGAUUGGAGGGACGCUUUUGGAGCAAAGAGUCCGAGAGUGAGAAGGAGGAGAUGGACAGAGCUGAGUAUGGCUACAACGUGAUGAGGAGCAGAGUUGGAAGCUGGAGGAGAGAUGAGCGGAGAAUGAAGGUUUCAGGAGACAGGAAGCCAAAAGUGGACAACUCCCCCAUGUUGUUGAGGAAAAGGGGGAAGGAGGACGGGGAAAGACGCAGCUCCAGUCUCAGGCUUUCCAGAAGGGCUCUUUUCAGGAGCGAGUCGCAGGGCUUGCUAGUACCGGGUAACCAUGGCGAGGGGGCCACAAAGCGGGCUCACUGGGUCUCCUCCUUAGACUUGGGGCAGGGCGGCAUGGGGGUCCGCAAAGACGAGGGAGUGCGACUGCUGAGGCCAAAAGGAGAAGACAAACGCCUCUCUUCAACCGCCAGUCUCUUCAACCUCUCCCGCUCUCAGAGCCUCGAGGGCAGCUGUCAAUCCCUCUCCCCCCUGUCCUCCCCAUCUUUUUCACCCUCCCCUCCUCCCCGGAUUCCCCUCCAGCGCUCCCGAUCCCUGAGAGACUUGGGCAGGAAAGUGUUCGGCUCCAUGAGGUCCUUGAGUCUCAAGAGAAAGCCAUCCAAGAAGUGACAACCGUGUGGUGAAAUUCCCAUCACAGCCGACAAAUAUCUGAUCUGCUUCCAUCAGAACUGAUUUUUUCCUGUCAGAUUAACUACAAAAAUGUGUUUAGAUCAGAUCUAAUGAUGGAAGUUCUUCUCAGGCACAUCUAAGAAAUCUGCCUUCGCUCUCCCGACACAUCUUCACUCAGUCAUUUUUAGAAGUUGGACACAUGUAGGAAUCUCUCUUGACAUGUUUUUACUGCAGGUUUUCUAAGGACAAUGUGAAAUACUCUGGGAUAUUAUUGAUUUAACAGUCGACCCCCUCCAUGAGUACAAUGUGCACAGGCAAACUCCCACUCUGCAUGCAUCUCUGUAACUUGUUUGGUGACUGUAGCUAUCUAUAGUGAGAGUGUGAUACUUCUUUGAUCUUCGGCAAUACUGCCUCAUUGGUACAAUCAUACUGGCCAGAAAAUGACCAAAAACAAAGCAAAUACUCUUCGAAUUAAUAUUUUCUCAGGAUUUUAAAAUAUAUAUUAAACUGAUUAAUUGUAUGAGAUAAAGUUGUGGCUUCCUGUGGCUGAUGACUAAUAAAAAAAGCAGAUAAAUGAA